AUGCGCGCUCGCCUCCCCUUCCUCGCCCGCAUCGCCUGCCACCCCUUGUCCCCAUCUCCAGCGACAGCAGCACCUCUCUGCGGCCCCUCGCGCGCAGCGAGCACCUCCGCCGCCGUCUUGCCGUCUUAUGCACCGCCAAUACAGCAGCAGCAGCCUCGCACAAGGCCAGCGAGCGACGCACACGAGUCUGCUCUCGAGCGAGCGCUUGCCGACAACUUUCUUCGGAGCGACGCGGGGCUUGCGGGAGGAGCCAGAGAGCCGUCGGAGGUGCCGAGCGGUUCAUUGCGGGCGGACAAGCGCGUCAGGAGGGUCCCGGAUGGUCCUGGCAGGCGGAGCGACCGACCGACUCUCUCCUCGAAGGACGGGAGAGCGAACGCUUCUCUUGCAGCGGGCAGGCGACCAGCAGGACAGGCGGGGGCUUCUACAGACAGGAAGCCAACUCCCCGCAGACGAACGCGGCCAAUUACUCCGCCCGAACCCGUCUGGCCUCCUUCGACUUCCCUACACGACGCUCUCCUGCAGCAAUCCCUCCCCUCCUCGUCCGACGACCUUCUCCAGUUCCUCCGACGAGUCAAGGCCGUCUACAUCCACCCCGACCUUGAAGCGCUCGCAGACUUCCACGCCUCGGACGCCCUCGCACCCUUCGUCUCGACCGACUCGUACCGUUUCCUCCUCAAACUCGCCUUCGACGCCUCGAAUCUCCGGCUGGCGCGGGCGCUGUUGACUGAGAUGGAGGAGAAGGAGAUCGCGCUGGACGAGCCGCUGCAGAGGGUCGUCGUGCAGGGAUACUUGGCUCGGGGUGAGUUGGGACCGGAAGACGAGCGGAGGAAGCAGGCGGCGAUCCGGGCGUUGCGGGUCAAUCCGUCGAUGGCGCCUCAGGUGUAUCGGCGGGAUUUGGGCGAGAAGGGGGCGGGGAGCGGGGAUCCGAUGGAACGGUGGAAGGGAUGGAGGAUCACGAGUCGGCAUAGACGGGAAAUGCGGGAGCUACGGGCGCAGCAGGAGGAGGCGGCACGCCAAGCGGUAGAGAAGGAGGCGGCUCUGCGCUCGCCGCCGCAUUUGCGGUCUCGGCGGGAGCGGAUUGCGGUUCCGCUGGCGAGGCCGCAAACGCGAGUCCCGCCUCGACCUCCCCUAAUCAUCCCCCGCGACGCACAUCGCCUCGACCGCUACGCCGUCACAGCUCUCGUCCACCGACUCGUGCGCGAAGACCGUGUCAGUGACGGAUUCGCCUUGGCACGAUCCUGGCUCUCCGCCAACAAACCUCGCCUCGACCCCGAAACUUCUGCCGCCUACUCUCGCAUGACCUCCGACCCAGAAACGCAACCGCGCAUCGAUGAUACCCCACCGCAAGUUCGACAAUACCUCCAGCACAGCACCUUAUACCACGAGACGUCUCGCAUCCUCAUGAACAUCCUCCUCAAAGCCCUCUUCGCCGAACGAUCGCCUCGCCCCGUCGUCCGCGACUUCAUCACCAACUUCCUCACGACACACUCUGCCGACCCGCCCGCACCGGACAACCUGCCCGAAGUCUCGACCCUCCGGCUGCUCGUCUCCGGCCUGCGCGGUGCGACGAAUGCCUGGGUACGCGCGGCCAGCUACGUCGACUGGUUCGGCUACCGGUGGGGCAUGCCCAAGGCCGACCCGUCCGACCGCGAGUGGUACCACGUUGUCCCGCCUUCGCCCGAAUCCGCUGUCGGGCUCGGGCUCGCCGACAAAGAGGGCAAGCCCCUCGGGCCCUUCGCAAAGAAGCCUGCCGACUCUCGCCUCCUCCCGCUCGCGCCGCACCGACUCGUCACGCCCGAUGUCGCCGUCCUCAUGCUUCGUCUCGCUGUCGAGUCGGCAAAGAAGCGGAAUGUUGGGUCUGCGACGAAGAGGGCUAUCAACGAGUGGUGGCACGGGCUCGACAAGCGUGGGUCGGAGAUCUGGAGGACGUAUGAGGCGAAGGGAUUGGCGUAUCGGGCGAUCAAGGCGGGACUGAUUGUCGAGGAGAAGGAGGCGGCGGACGGAGCGACGAAGGCGGCGACGACGAAGGCGGGCGGAGGGGUUGUUCACGGAAAGGCGGAAAUGAAGAUGCCAUGA